CCAGCCCUGCUCCCAUCUGUGCCAGGCAGUGCUGUCAGAGCGGCCUGGUGAGGAGAGAGCCACAGCCAGCCUUCUUCCUUUGGAAGUGAUUAAAAAGAAAGAUGCCAUUGAAACCAUUUGCGUACCCACUGCCUGAAACCAGGUUCCUUCAUGCAGGAGGAAUUGUGUAUAAGUUUAAAAUCCGCUAUGGCAACUUGCAGAGUGCUCCUGAACUCAACAACACUGAAAUUGCUGUCAAGGAGUUUGAGGAAGCAAUUCGAGUCAUCCUUGGAAAUCUUGAUGAUUUACAUCCAUUUUCUACAGACCACUUUACCAUCUUUCCAUAUUUAAGCAAAUGGGAAAGAGUAUCAGAAAUGAGAUUCGAACACAAGAAUGUCGAUCUCGUGCCUUAUCCCUACAUUUGCACCAUGUAUCUAGAGCUCAACUCAUUCCAGCAAAGCCUGUCUUUGGGUAAAGAAGUAAACAGUGACACUUCUGAGCCUGUCAAGAGAAAAAGUGAAAUACCAGAAACUACUGAGAUGGAAGAAAUGGUGAAGAGAAGAAGAACUGAAGGUCAAAUGGAGACCUCAUACCCAGUGUUGUGUAUGGACAGAAUUAUGCCAAAGAAAUUCAGUGUGAGCAUAAUCCAUCAUCCCUCAGCAUGGGCUGCAAGCAAGAGAGUUUAUGGAGACCUGUGGGAAAUAACAUGGAACAAAGAGCAGAAUCCAGCCAGCCUGAGGGUGGAACGCGGGUACUGCAACCAAUGGACCAAAUCACAGCCAAAGGAAUUGAGGAGCCUAAACCAGGAGCUCUCUCAAAGCUCUGGAGAAGGCUGUUAUCUCCGCUGCAGCACCUCUUCGGUGGGAAGCACUGAGCUGUGUAGAGACCAACCAGCUCCUACUGCAAACACCGCCUUGUGUUCUCUGUUUCCCCCCGCCUCGCAAAUGCUUCGCGUUCAGUUUCCUAUUUGCAAAUACCCGCAGCGAAGGUGCUGCUUUACAAACAAGGAACUUCGCAGCCUUCAUCUUUGCAGCUCCGCGUUUUGAGCCGCUGUUUACUCCUAAUAAAACAAAUA